CCAUUUGAGCCAAGUUUCUGUACGUUGGGCUUAAGUAACCCGGAUACUUGUAAAAAAAAACAGAACAAAACGUUACACAAUCCCGAUCAGUGCCACGAUUAAUAUCACUUCACUGCAGAGGGACAACCACGUGCUCGGCGCCUUGCGAUAUUGCGGAACACUUGAACACUACUGAACUGGAAAUGCACUAAACGGAUCGCAGCCUGGAAUAUGACCAAGGAAAUUGAUUAUAUUUCUGACAUAAACGAAAAGUAUGCCGCAAUGGAGUACGAAUUGAAUGAAAAACUUAAAUCACUCGAUCAAAAGGAACUAAUGCUUAGCAAAGGCGCAAAUCAGCAAAAGCCCAACCACAAAAAAAACGCCAGUUUAACACUGGGAACAGCUCGUCUCCGAAAUUUCGAACUGCUUAGGUCCCUAGAAGUGUCCAAAGCGCGCUUACGCUCCCGUGCUACAUUCAGUCCACUGGAGACCAUUUUGCAAAAAGCUAUCGGAAACUAUCUGAAGGAAUCGUCACUAGUUCCGUGCACCACUCGGAAAGCUUACGGACCAACCUAUGUGUAAAAAAGACGAGUAAAACUGCUAUUUAACGGUAACGAAAUACAAAAAGUGUAUUAUUUGCUCAAGGACAUACAAAAAUAUAUAUAUCACAUUCACAUCACUGCU